UGGUGUAAGUCAUGCGGUAGAUGUGGAUGGUGCCCCUGGCCAUCCGCAGUUUGUUGUUAAGAUAGGAUUUGUAAAUUUGAAGUAUGAAUUGAGAGUACUAGUCCAGCACCGAAGCCAUUUUGGCAGGGUUAGUUAUGCAGCGCGCCCACUGGACACGUACACAAAGCAAUAUAGCAAUAGACGCGACUAUAGAUCCUCAGAGACAGGCAGAAUGGUUGAUCGCACGAGAUGGGAGUCACUAUCAAUGGUCCGACGUCUCCAACGUCUCACAACAGCGCAAACAGAGGGUGAGAUAGGGCUGGAGGCAGAAAUUGCUGAGACUGAAAGCGCCAGAGACGAGCAAACACGAGCUAAACGCUGUGAGGCGCAGAGGAAGCGUCGUGCUGCAGCUUUUGCGGAAGAGUAUGAGCUAGAGGAGCGCGCCAGACAAACCCAGCUUCCGAGUAGCGAUGACAGACGGUUUGAAGGCCACAAGUGUCGGCGAAUACAGGAAGCGGCGCGACAGCGACUGAGGUGGUCGAGUCAGAGCAGUAGGCGCAGCCAGACACCACAAGCUAGGCAGGCGCUGUCGAAUCUCUCUUUCAAUGCUGUGAAUGCAGGGACCGGAUCCUCAGCAUCUUAUGUGACGGCGCCAAACACCCUGCCAUCACAAUCAACCUACACCAGCACUCUCGAUCGGCAAGCCAUGGUCAAUCAGCUUGGGUUUGCAGACAUGCCUUCCUCGGAUCCAUUGCCAGUGCUUGAUGACUCACGGCCCAGUCAAGCGAUGAACGCGAGCAACCUCGACAGGCAGGCCAUGAUGGAGCAACUACGGCGCUCGCAGGCUUCAAUUUUUGCGACAGCGCCAACACAACAGCCGCCGCCAACACCCAUACCUGCACCACCGGCGAAUGAGUUCUUCAAUGGUGAUGACCCAUUCACAGGCGAUCAGCAGCGCCCUUCUGCCACGCCGCAAAGCAGACGCAUUGCUGGACUUUUCGAUGCAGCAGAAGGGCAGAUGUCGCAACUGGGCCAAGAGAUCCCGUCGUCGCCGACAAUAUUCACCGCUAUGCAACCACCGGCAAGCCUAGCUGAGAUCCUUGGCACACAAUUGCCAGGUUGGUGGACAGACUCUUCAUUGUUGACAGCAUCUGUGCCCGCACCCACAAGAGCUACUAUUGCAGUUGAAAACACGCAACAAGCUGGCUACUGGACAGCGUGAACGCAAGAUACAGCUCAGUCACUGGAGCGGCCGCCGGUUGCAGCCGCAUUCAAUCUAUACUCUGAUGAAGCACCCGAACACGCAGCCUUAAACCUCGCAUCCGACUUUCCCGCACCACAUGCUCUAGCAACUCAUCGCGGCUCUUCUACCUUCCGCCAUUCAACGACGCUUAUCACCUCAGCACGUUGCCUAUCGUCCCGCGCCUAGCUUCCUCGCUUCCGGCAACGCUCUGUCACGUUGUCCUUACUCGCUCUCUUACUCGUCGACGACGUCUACCACGUCGUCCCUUGUUCUGUCUCUUCCUUAUCUCGCAGCUCGGACAUCUCCACUGGGCUCAUGCAAUCUCGCUUCCCCUCUUCUUUCAUUGUUCUCCUGCUGAGAGUCGGCUCCCGUGGGCUCCAUCCACAUCAUCGCCAUCCGCUCUCAUGCUGGUACCUGGUAGACAUAAG